CCGGCUGAGACAUUUGUUGUGGCACCAUCCAUGAAAAGGAUAUUUGUAAAUUAUUAAUUAAAUAUACGACGGAGACUUGUUAGAUCCAAAUAAGGAUCUCCACUUCAACGCCAAUCGUUCAGGGGCCAGUAGCUUCAAUAUAUUUGGGCCUCAGUGCAACGCAACGACCAUAACCUUAAAUGAACCGCAACGAAGAACUGAAAAAGUAAUAACGUCAUCAGCAGUAUCGCACAGUAAUCGCUUUAUCAUAGCAAUAGGCCACAUUGCUAGUAUGACUGAGAAAAUAACAAAGUUAGCUCUAGCUAGCCGUGUGAUUAUUUUAGCACUACAGCUGCUUGCCAACCACCUGCUGCCCGAUCACAAGCCAGAUGUAUUUCGUGCACCGAUUGCACAACAAAAUCUACAACAUACAACAAAUCUAGAUACAAACGAAUUUAGCACAGCUAAUGCCACCAACACUUCAUGGCUUGAUCGCACGUUUCAAUUCUGCCUUGGUGGUAUGCGUCACUGGGAUGGAGAAUAUUUCCUACACAUUGCUGAAUACUCAUACUCUUACGAAAAUACGCUCGCCUUUUAUCCACUUUUUCCGUUAGUAGUGCGUGCCGGUGCAAAUGCACUUUACGCCCUCAAUAUGGGUGUAUCGUUGCGCAGCUGGUGCUUGGUGAUAGCGGUGCUGGUCAAUGUUUUCUGUUUCUGUAAGGCCGCCAAUGCUCUUUACGCACUCACACAGCGUAUAUUCAAGGAUCCGAAUAAGAGUUGGAAUGCGGCAUUGCUAUUUUGCUUCAAUCCGGCUUCGAUAUUCUUUACGGCCGCUUAUUCGGAGGCACUUUUUUGUUGGCUAUCGUUGCAUGUGAUGUUGGAAUGUGUUUCCGAGUUUCGUUUUGUGCGCACAACUAUUGCUCUCGCACUUUCAAUAGUUAGCCGUUCGAAUGGUCUGCUAAACGCCGGUUAUCCCAUUUACUUCAUGCUCCGGCACAGCAUACUUAGGUCAUAUCAUCGCUGUUUUGCCACAUUAAAGCUAUCGUUUUGUCUAAUCGGUGCACUGUUGCCACUCACCUUCUUCUACUUCUAUGCAUUCGAGCAAUUCUGUACGCCAGAUCGCACAGUGGCUCAUAUGCCUGCGGUGCUGGAUUAUGCGCGCAAGAAAAAUUAUGUAUUGGCUGGUCAUCGAUUGGCGGAGAAUUCGCCGUGGUGUGACAAAACAUUUCCACUCCCCUACUCGUACAUACAAUCACACUACUGGAAUGUGGGUUUCCUACGAUACUACGAACUUAAGCAAUUGCCAAACUUUUUGUUGGCGUUGCCGGUGCUAGCGUUCCUGCUCUACCACUGCUUCAAAUACUUCAAACAUUUUCUACGCACACUACUGCCACAUUACCCUAUUGUGCAGCUACUGAAGGAAUAUAAAUCUCUACCAUUCGUCCUGCAUGCACUGCUGCUCACAUUGUUUUGCACUUUUUUCGUGCAUAUACAAGUAUCAACGCGCUUAUUAUGCUCGGCCACACCAUGUCUCUAUUGGUUUGCAGCCGAUCAGUUCCCAAAGACAUUUGAUCAGAUCAAGCUGCGAUCGAAAGCCGGCUCUAUUCUAGUUUGGUUCACCAGUUACUAUUUAAUUGGCACAGCACUCUUUUGCAAUAACCUGCCGUGGACGUAAGGUAACAGGUGUAUAAUAAAACUGAAGCGUGCUGCUAGGAAAUAAUUAGAUGGCAGUGAACAGGGUAUUGAACUUUGUAGUUGGAUAGCUUAAGUGACGGAUAUACUCGGCGCUCGACAUCUUCAUUUCAUCAUUGGCACAAUUUGUGGCACAUAUAUAUAUACAUCGCUUGACACAUAGCUGCGCCGUUAAACCAAAAAGCAAUUAAUACAAAAAUUACCUAUCAAUCAAAUUGUCUAAUCAAAUUAGCGAUUAUUUCUACGUUUAUCUUAAUUAAUUUAUUAUAUUUUAAACUGCAUUGUACGUGCGUGGCCUUACAAUAAUGUGAAUGUAUGUAUCUAAAAAUAAUUCGUUUCCAACGAAAUUUGACUAGCAAGACUGCGUACAAAUGUACAUGAAACGCCAAAAAGGAGCUUUUCAGCGCAAAUAAGUUUAGAAUUGAAGAUGUGCAAGAUAAAUCUUUGAGAUUCCUUGAAGUGUACGAGUAUAGUGAAUUUUCUACACAUUUGAAAUGGCCAAGUAAUAUUUUUUUUGUCACUUUUUUACGAAUAGAAUUGGUUUUGAUUAAA